AUGCCGGGAGGCGGCGAGGCGCGCUUCGCGUGCGUCCCGAGCGACGAGUCGUUGUUGUCUUUCGACACAGUCAGAGUACUGCCUCGUGAGCCCGGAGCGACGCAGGAAACGUUCCAGACGGUCGAUCCGGACGAGCUGGAGGAGAUGCUGGCCGUCACGUUCCGCAAAUCCAUCGGGAUCAUCAAAGCGGUUGAGCAGCCCAGGGCGACGUGCAAGGAGCCGUGGCGCGACCCGAGCGUCACGAUGAUGCUGUGCCAGAUCGAGGCUGAAGCCGCGGCCCCCGCGCCCGACAUCAAGGUCACCACCACGUUCGUCAGCGCCCUCAGCAGCGUCGGCGCCAAAACCUUCUGCGGCGCCGUGAGCAGCGACGCACGCAGGCUGAAAAUUCGAAAGGACGCCAGCGGAGCGUGGGACGUCUACGAGAAGGCCCCGCCGGGGAGCGCUAAGAAGAAGGUGACGGGCGAGGCCGAGGCGGCGCGCAGCGACGCCAUCAAAACAGCCGUUGCCGGCUACCGUGCGUGGGAGGUGUUCCGCGAGGUGUACAACAGCAACAAGAAGCAGCACGAGGUACUGCGUGGCCGCAUCCGCGUGCCCUGGGGCUCACUGCACGUCAGUACUGGUGUCGGCUUCUCUGGCUCCUUUGUCUCUUCGCAGCAGGUGGUUGUUUUCGACUGUGCGGGGACGUGGGAGCACCUCAUGCUCACCGCGGCGUCGAACGGAGAGAGGCCCCUGUCGCCGGAGGUCAUGGCGACGCUCGUCGUGCGGGCUCUGCGCGACGACGACGACUACAAGAGGAUCUGCAGAGCGGCGCUUGCUGCCCCGUUGGCGGGGUCGUGGGCUGCGACGCACCCGCAGCGCGCCUGGAACGCGGCGGGGGACGUACCUGCGGUGCGCGUGAACGUGCUGCUGUGGAGCUGCGGGUCCGGCACGUUCAUGCGAUGCAUAUUUUUGUCAACAUGCCGUGGGGCGGAGUGGCAGGUGACGAAGGGGCUCACGCUCCCGCGGGCGAAGAGUCGCGUCGCGCGCCCGCUCGCCGACCAGCCGGGCCCCUCGGGCUCGUUCGAGGCGUCCAGCGACCGCCCGGCGGCAGCGCGCGAGCCCGCGGCGUUCGUUUGCCGCCCGAGCGAUGAAGUGUGCCUGUCGUUCACGGUCGCGCGAGCGACGCCGCGGGACCGCGGCGCGAAGCCCACGAUCGAGACCUUCCUGACUCUGGACGCGGUCGACGUCGAGGAGGCGUUCCGGGUCGCGUGCGAGCAAGUCGAGGACAUCAUGGGACGUGUCAACAGGCUACACCCCCAAAGCGUGGACGUCCGCGUCAAGACGAUCCUCGUCCAGGUCGAGGCUGAGGCGCUCUCGCUCAGCCGCGACUUCCAGGUCACGGCCACGCUAGUCGACGACCUCGGGCCCGCGACAAACAUCUUUUGCCGAAUCAUGAGCACUCCGGAGCGGAGGGUCUUCGCAGAGGAGAACGCGGACGGACAGUGGCGCGUGUACGUGGCGCGGACCGUCGACGGCGUCGAGUCCGCGCCGAUCGACUGCACGGAGGAGGUCGAACGAGGGCGCGCCUUCGCGCGACGCACCGCCACGGAAGGGCUGGCCGCGGCCAGGACGGCGGACAGCUGCACCGACCCUCGCUGCGGCCACGUCUUCUGCGCCGACGUCGCCGCCAACGACGUCCUCGUCGUGCCGGCCACGGACCUCAAGACCAGGCUGCCGGUCACCAAGCUCCAAGUACGCGGCGUGUGGCACAAGGAGCACCCGGGCAUCAUCAACACGCUGCGUCAGCCUCUCGAGCCGAAGAUGGACGGGCCCGCCUACCUGCUGCCCGGCGGCCCCGCGGGCCAGGCCUGUCUCGGCGCGCGCGUCUUCAAACACAACGACACGUUCAAACGCCUGUGCAAGGACGCCCUCAUGGCGCCCCUGGGCUACGGCGCCGCGGCCGCGCGCCCGAAGCGCGCGUGGAACAAGCGCGGGCAGUUCCCGGCGAUCAAGGUCAACGUGCUCCUGUACACCGACCCCGCGGGCUGCCCCAGGGACCGCGUGUUCCUGUCGCUGCCGGAGCGCAAAGAGUGGAGGCCGAAGCCGCCGACCGCGCCCCUGAUCGCGCACGUGGGGCGGUACCUGACCAUGCGCGACACGGUCGGCGGCGCCAGGGGCCGGGAGGUGGAGCCCGCGCUCACGUGGGACCAUUUCUUCGCCAUGUGCGAGGGCCAGGGGUCCGUGUAG